AUGACGAUAUACGUGCCGAAACUCAAAUCGUUCAAAACGUUCCGUUGCGCGGUGACGGUGGAGCCCAUGCUGUUCUUGUACUUCGUGGCCACCGUCCUGUCCAACAACGUGGGCACGAACAUGCUAUUACACAAAGGAUGUAACCCGAACGCGACCACGGCACCGAACCUACACGUGUCGCCAGAAUGUCUUCUGGAGAACGUCGCGCAGCACGGUGUCUCGUCCAUCAACGUGUGGAAACACAUGAUCCAGGAACUGCUGUCGCUGGUGUUCAUCAUGUUCGCGGGCCCCUGGAGCGACUCUCACGGCCGCCGGCGCCGGCCGCUGAUGUUCGUGCCGGUGAUCGGACAGAUGACCUGCGACGCGUUCAACCUACUGGCCACCCUGUUCUGGCCCCUGUCGCCCACCGUCACCGGCAUCACGCAGUCUCUAAUCGUGUCCGUCACCGGGUCACAGCACUGCUUCUUCAUCGGCAUGUUCGCAUACCUGGCCGACAUCACCGACAUGUCCAACCGGACCAUGCGCAUUGGGUUCGCGUCAGCCGUUCUGCCGCUGGCCGCCACCUUGGGCGCACUGUCCGGUGGUUACCUGAACGUGAGACUCGGGUUCGCCUCCGUGUUUGCCUUAAACAUGGGCCUGAACGCUGUCGCCCUGUGCCUGGGCCUGCUGUUCAUUUACGACACGUCCGAACCGUACAAGUCGACCGGUUCGUUGUACAAGAACACGUUUGAUCCAAAUAUCGCCGUCCAGAGCGUCAAGACCGUGUUCGUCAGGCGCGACAACCACAAGCGCUUUAUACUCUUGCUGAUGAUCGUCGCCUCGCCGCUGACCGGCGGUCCUUUUGUGGGUGAAAUAGGUCUAAUGUAUUUGUAUUUGAGAAAGCAGUUUGGCUUCAAAGAAAUUGAUUUUAGUUUAUUCAAUGCGUACUCAAUGGGAAUCAUGCUAUUUGGAUCACUGUUUUCCCUUGGAAUUUUGAGUCGAUACCUCAAAAUGAACGAUGCAAUGAUCGGUCUGAUUGCUACUUUCUUCGAUAUUGCAACUGCUGUCGGAUUCCUAUUAGUUACUAAACUGCAAUAUAUAUUAUUUGUACCUCCGUUAGAACUGUUUCGUGGUGCGGCAUUAGCUCUCUGUGGUGCCAUAGCUUCAAAAUGCGUGGAAUCUCAUGAACUAGGAUCUAUGAACGCUGUGAGAAUGGCCAUGGAUAACUUAUCGAAAAGUGCAAUCCUACCGUUGUAUAAUAUAGUGUACAACAAAACACUGGAAUCUCAGCCAAGUGCCUUUUUCAUCAUCAGCAUAUGUUUAACCAUUCCGUUAAUCGGAUGUUUUGCCAUUACUUAUUACUUGACCAGAAAUCAAGUGACACCGGCGGUUAAACCAACCCAGAAAAAUAAUUUGGAAGAUACAUCAAAUGAUCUCAAUUCUAAUACUACUACUAAUACCAAUGAGAUGAAAUCCGACAAUGUUGAAGGACUUGUACACAUGUAAAUUAUUUAUUUUAUUUAUAAGAGUAUUAAGACGUACCUAUAACAUAAAAACAUCCUAAGUUGUUUGAUCACCUGUGGUAAAAAAUAGUUAACAAGGCAUACAUUUCUUAAAUAUUUGCAUUGCAUUAAAAAAAAAAAUAUAUAUUAUUAAAUGUGAAUAUUACAUUGAAUAGACAUUGUAUUAAUAAUUUUGUCCAAUGAUGUUUGAACUAUUUUUAAUGAACUAUUUAGUACAUCUAUACUAUAAAAAUUGUAUUUAUUUUUCGUAUUUGUAUAACUGCAGGCAUAUUUAUAAAUAUGUGUAAGUGAUUAUCUCCUGCAGUCUUAUUGUUGUUCGUUUUAUUUUCUGUUGAGUUUUUACAUUUUUAAUUCAAUCUUAAAAUGUGUUUUUUUUAUUUGUAGUAUAGAGUUUUAUAUUUAAAUUGAUAAGAAUAUAAGAUAUUUAUUUAUGAUUAAUUAUCAUACCCAUAGUACCAUAAGAAUACCUAGUAUGUACAUUUUCAAUAAUAUUGUCGUGGAACUUUGUAAUUUGUCAAUAGAUUGACACUUAAAAUUUUGUGGUGAAAAAAUCUACAAAACACUAUCAUUAUUCUUUUUUAAAAUCUUACUGGUUUGUGAUAAAAAUAUUUAUUUAACAUUGUAUUUUUCAAAUUGAGAUGAAAAUUAUUUGUUCAUUGUUCAAUUUGAUUCAAGAAUAAUGAUAAUUGAUGUUAAUAUACAAUAUUACGAGAAUCAGUAGGAAUUUAAAUCUUACAUUUAAAAAGAAGUUGUAUGAUUAUGAGUAAAUAAUGUUAAUUUUAAGUAUUGUACAUUUAACUAUCAAAGUUAGUUUCAUGUAAAAAAUAUAUAUAAAUAGCUCAAU